AUGAGCAAGAGCAAGGACCCCUCGGGGCUGCUCAUCUCGGUCAUCAGGACUUUAUCCACCAGUGAUGAUGUUGAGGACCGAGAGACUGAGAAAGGGCGCCUGGAAGAAGCUUAUGAGAAGUGUGACCGGGACUUGGACCAGCUGAUAGUGCAGCACUACACGGAGCUGACCACGGCCAUCCGCACCUACCAGAGCAUCACCGAGCGCAUCACCAACUCGCGCAACAAGAUCAAACAGGUGAAGGAGAAUCUGCUGUCGUGCAAGAUGCUGCUGCACUGCAAGCGGGACGAGUUGCGCAAGCUGUGGAUUGAAGGGAUUGAGCACAAACAUGUCUUGAAUUUGCUGGAUGAGAUAGAGAACAUCAAGCAGGUGCCUCAGAAGCUGGAGCAGUGCAUGGCCAGCAAGCACUACCUCAACGCCACAGACAUGCUGGUGUCAGCAGUGGAAUCCUUGGAGGGCCCCCUACUUCAGGUGGAGGGACUGAGUGAUUUGAGGCUGGAGCUCCACAGCAAGAAGAUGAACAUGCACUUAGUCCUCAUAGAUGAAUUGCACCGUCACCUUUACAUCAGAUCUACUAACCGAGUAGGACAACACAACAAGGAGAAAGGGAGAGUAAGCUCAUAUGUGAAAGAUGCCUCUCCUGUGCCUCUGAUGGAUGUUACUAACUUGUCUACACCUCGAAAGUUCCUUGAAACUUCCCAGUUUGGUACUCCUGGAAGUGCCAGCAUGCGGGAAACAAGCCUUCUGGAAGUUAAAGAAGAUACGGAACUGGAUCCAGAGGAGAACAGCACUGUCUUCAUGGGCAUACUCAUCAAAGGGCUGGCCAAGCUGAAAAAAAUCCCUGAAACAGUGAAAGCCAUCCAGGAUCGCUUGGAGCAAGAGCUCAAGCAGAUUGUGAAGCGCUCUACAACCCAGGUGGCAGACAAUGGAUACCAGAGAGGGGAGACUAUUUCCCAGGACAAUCAACCUAGAUUACUCCUGGAGCUACUAGAGCUUCUCUUUGACAAGUUCAAUGCUGUGGCUGCUGCGCACUCCGUUGUCCUUGGACACCUUCAACAAACAGUGGCAUCUCCUUGCAGCCAGUAUGAUGGUGACGUCAAGCUCUAUGACAUGGUUGAUGUGUGGGUGAAGAUCCAGGAUGUCUUGCAGAUGCUGCUGACUGAGUAUCUGGACAUGAAGAAUACCCGCGCUGCCUCAGAGCCAUCUGCCCAGCUCAGCUACGCCAGCUCCGGGAGGGAAUUUGCUGCAUUCUUUGCAAAGAAGAAACCACAAAGACCUAAAAACCCUUUGUUCAAGUUUGAGUCCUCGUCCCAUGCUAUCAGCAUGAGUGCCUACCUGCGUGAGCAGAGGAGGGAACUCUACAGCAGAAGUGGAGAACUUCAAGGAGGACCAGAUGAUAACUUAAUUGAAGGUGGUGGAUCAAAAUUUGUCUGCAAACCAGGAGCCAGGAACAUUACCAUCAUCUUUCAUCCCCUCCUCAGAUUCAUCCAGGAGAUAGAGCAUGCCAUGGAGCUGGGCCCCACCAAGCAGUGUCCGCUCCGCGAGUUCCUCACCAUGUACAUCAAGAACAUCUUCCUCAACCAGGUCCUGGCUGAGAUCAAUAAAGAGAUUGAAGGUGUCACCAAGGCAUCUGAUCCCCUGAAAAUACUGGCUAAUGCAGAUACCAUGAAGGUCCUGGGUGUGCAGAGGCCUCUGCUGCAGAGCACAGUCAUUGUGGAGAAGACUGUUCAAGACCUGAUGAACCUGAUGCACGACUUGAGCGCCUAUUCAGAUCAGUUCCUCAAUAUGGUGUGUGUGAAACUCCAGGAGUACAAGGACACCUGCACCCUUGCCUACAGGAGCAUCGUGCAGUCGGAUGAAAAGCUGGUGAUCAGUGCAUCCUGGGCUAAAGAUGAUGAUAUUAGCAGGCUCCUGAAGUCUCUGCCCAACUGGAGCAACAUGGCUCAGCCCAAGCAACUUAGACCCAAGAGGGAGGAGGAGGAAGAUUUCAUAAGGGCUGCUUUUGGCAAAGAGUCAGAAGUUCUCAUUGGCAACCUGGGAGAUAAACUGAUCCCUCAGCAGGAGAUCCUGCGGGACGUCAGCGACCUGAAGGCCUUGGCCAACAUGCACGAGAGCCUGGAGUGGUUAGCAGGUCGUACCAAGGCAGCCUUGUCCAACCUCUCAGCCACCCAGACUGUGUCUCCUGGCCAGGACAGCCAUGCCAGUAUGGAACACCUUCCUGCAUCUGAGCAGAUCCUGCAAACCCUGGGUGAGCUGGCCAGGUCUUUCCAAGAGAUGGCUGAUCGUUGCCUGCUGGUCCUGCAUUUGGAAGUCAGAGUUCAUUGCUUCCACUACCUGAUCCCACUGGCCAAACAAGGGAAUUAUGCCAUCGUUGCCAACGUGGAGAGCAUGGACUAUGACCCUCUGGUGGUGAGGCUCAACAAGGACAUCAGCGCCAUCGAGGAGGCCAUGAGCGCCAGCCUCCAGCAGCACAAGUUCCAGUACAUCUUUGAAGGUCUGGGUCACCUUAUCUCCUGCAUCCUCAUCAAUGGUGCCCACUACUUCAAACGCAUCAGUGAAUCUGGCAUCAAGAAGAUGUGCAGGAACAUAUUCAUCCUCCAGCAAAACCUGACCAACAUCACCAUGUCACGUGAGGCUGACCUGGACUUUGCAAGGCAGUAUUAUGAGAUGCUCUACAACACAGCAGAUGAGCUCUUAAACCUCGUGGUGGAUCAAGGGGUGAAGUACACAGAGCUGGAAUACAUCUACGCCCUGAACUUACUGCACCGGAGCCAGACAGGGGUGGGAGACCAAACCACCCAGAACAUGAGGUUGCAGAGGUUGAAGGAGAUCAUUUGUGAGCAGGCUGCUAUCAAACAGGCCACCAAGGACAAGAAAAUCACCACGGUGUAA